GAAGGCUGUGGAAGAGUUACUUAAAGAAGCAAAACGUGGGAGAACCAGAGCUGAAACAAUGGGAGCUAUGGGUUGGUUGAAAUGUCCCCUUGCUGGUACAAAUAAAAGAUUUCUUAUUAAUACCAUCAAAAACACAUUACCAUCUCAAAAAGAACAAGACCAGGAACGUGAGCAGAAAGAAGACAGUAAGGAGCCUGAGCCAAACAAAAGCAGGAAAGAAGAAAAACCAAAGAAACGCAGAAUUCACCCAUAUACACCCAGCUUUCAAUCCAGAAGGAGAGUCAGCUACUCUCCUCCGAGGCACCAAAGCAGGAACCAGCACACAAAGGAUAAGCAUGAAAAGCUAUCAAGCAAACGAUGAAGAGAGGAGAGUGACGAAUGUGUGUUGUUACGAGCAAGGAACGUCAUUAAGUGUCAGACUGCAGGGAUGUCUCAGUUUUUCAGGAGAAGAUGCUGUUCAAAAUUGAAUUUUGAACCAAGUUGCUUGUGUGAGGAGUAACCUUGAGGUAGCUGUAGAAAACCUUUCUUUGGGACCUUUGAGAGAAAAACGAAGUGCAGUGUAAAUCUUUCGAUCAUUUUAGAACAGACAUUCCUUUCCCUGUGCUCCGUUCCUCUCUCCCCUUCUGACUGAGCUUAGGGGCUUGGUGAUGGAGCGUAAUACGUGUGUCACUGUCUGAUACAACUCGUUUAGUCAUGUCACUCUUCUGGAAAGAAAUUUAAAUUAAGCAGAAAUCUAUUUAUUGUGUAAAGUUGGCAGAACUUCUUUGCUGCUAACCAAUAAAGAAGUUUUGCGUGUUUGGGUUAGUUUAGUUUUACAGAAUCUAGAAGAAGGGAAAGCUGGUCAGUACCUGGCCAAGCACAUAUGUUUUGUAUAGAAUAUGAGAGUUUGCUUUCUUUAGCAUAAAAAGAAUUAAUUUAAAAUGGGCAAUGCUGGUUUUGCUUUCCAGGAGGAGCUACCAGGAAAUAACUGAUUUUGCUUGUUACUGUAUAUUCACAAACCUGUCAUAGAUAAUAAUAAACAUUACCCCUAAAAAGCCAUAACUGCAAUAAUUGUCUCUGUUUAGACUUCCCUUUGUAAGGAAGUAGUUUGAACAGUCUGUUGUCAUGGUGCUUUCAAAACAAACCUUGAAGACAAAAUUACCAUGUUCUCUGUCCACUGCUAGGAAGUUUCCAAGUAAAUCUGUAAUACUAGAAAUGCAGAGGUGAUACUUAACAGUCAAAUGCUCACUUUCCAAGCCUGCGUGACAAUUCUGUAGUGGUACAGUUCUUAAACUUGGGAUGACUUGGAGCACAUAUAAUACACAUUGGCGUAUUCUAUGUCUCACUUCUGUUUGUGUUACAGUAACAAACUUCUGUGUGAAAUAUUUUGUAUUUCAGUAUCCUUAAAAAUAAUUGUUUUGAACAUAGGUUUCUGGUUUUAAGUGUGUUGACAAUAAAAUAAAAAACGUUCAUUAAAA